GCCCAGCUGUGCAGGCGUGAUCCUAUUGUGCCAAGCCACCAGUAGCAGUGCCAUCCUUAUUAAGCAAGGUCACGUGCGAUUAUUUACUUCAGCAGGGAAUAACAGGAAGAACAACGAUAAACAUCCACCAUUUUGUUUCGUUGUGCUACAGAAGAGAAUUCGUAUGUGGGUGUCCAUCGCAGGCCGAGGUAAUAAGCACUGGCCUUGAUGUGAUGAGCUGAGAAUCCGGUGUAUAUCGUGACUGAAGACACAAGAAGGACGCUGGGAAACCACGACAAUAUUACUUCAGGGAACUGGAUGGUUUUAAGCAACACUUCUUCAAAUUGUAGUCUGGGAAGUGACAACGAAAAAGUCCUCAUCCACCGAGUAAAGGAGUUCAUACCGGCAUGACAACGAGGAACUAGUUUGUUAAGUGUAUAAACUGACUUUCUCUCAGGUGCGAUGCUCAAUACUGCCCUGACAACGACGCUCCUUAUCAGCAAGUGUAUUGGCGGACAGUAGCGUGACAGCAACGAGCAAAUCUUUGAAGCAUGCGUUCUGAUUGUGGCAUGACAAUGACGACUGAACUUGUUAGGUGUGUAAGCUGACAGUGGCAUGACACCCCCCCAGCCGUCAACUACCGAGCACGUGACGAGAGACGGGAUACGUACCCCUCAUUUCUACAAGUGACGGGGGGCAGGACAGGAAGUGACGUGGGUGGCGUGGGCUGAGCUUGUCUUCACUACUACACCACCACCAUUACUCUCCCACUAGAACUUAUCGCAGUCACAGCACACCGCCACUAUUGGACCCCAGAAACCAACUUACUUUUAGCUGUGGUAUUAUAAACCCUGAAGCCCAUCACUUAAAGAACUGGAACUUGUUUAUAUAAUUUGGGAUGUGACAAUUUGUGAUCUGGCAGUCGCUUCUGGCUUUAAAACUCUUAUCUGAAGGGGGUGCAGAUACUUGCCAUAGUGAUACUUAAGAGUGAGGAUACUUGCCAUAGUGUGGAUACUUAAAAGUGCGGAUAUUUGCCAUAGUGUGGAUACUUAAGAGUGCGGAACUUGCCAUAGUGUAGAUAUUCGUUAUACUGCGGAUAUUAAAUGAAAUGACGUUACGGAUGCGACAUUGAACAAUACGCAACCAAACCCCUCCUGGGCCAGUUGUCGAACCCGUGUCUGUGAGGUUAGGGCACAAAAAUGACGCUACAGAGUGAAAAGUGACGGAAUGUAAAGAAAAGUUUGGAUCAAUAAUGAAGAUUUACAUGAAGCAGCUCAAGUGACACAUAAUUAACUUUAGUGACGCAAAAGUACCGCAAUGAUGCAAAAGUCCAGAAAUUACGCCAAACUAACGCACAAUAACGUAAGUGCAGCGAAAACGACAUAAAACCAAACAAAUGUAAUAAAGGCGAAAGCAACACAGAACGAUGGAAAAGUAACGCAGACGUAAAAGUGACGCAAUAAAAUCAAAAGUAGCACAGACGCAAUAAUAAAAGACGUAAAAGUGAUAAAGACGCAAUAAUAGAAGUCGCAAAAGUAAAGCAAAGACGGAAAAGUGAAGCCAAGAGAGACAGAGAGUGAUGAGUCUUGGUAAUUGUCUCUAACUCACAGCUCAUCAUCAUGGACGGCUGGACCACCUGUCUCUUGCUCUUUCUGGCCUUUCAGCUGGUGCACACCGACGACCCCCAGCUGGCUGAAGACUGCCGUGUUUAUCAUCUCGAGAACUACACGGAUCACCACCAGUCUCCGCCAGUGCCCUUCCGUGACCACCUCGAAGUAUCAAUGUUUGUGGAGUCGGCAGGACAACCACCCAGCUUCGUGCAAAUACACCUGAAAAGUGACAAUGAGACGGUGGAAGUGUUCAUCAACAGAGACAGUGAAGUGACCGUGAGAAUUGGGGGGAAGCAGAAAGUCAAAAAACGCCUUCUCUUGAACACCACAACUCCGCCCCUCAACUCCUGGUUCACGCUAGUCCUGGACCUACAUAGUGAUACACUGAUUAUUUUUAGGCCCGAGGACAGACUGCAUCAGCUGGAGGUUAAUGUGCGCUUGGGAGACAACGUGAUGGCCCAAGUUGCCGGAGAUCUUCACGUGGUCUUUAAUUGCAUGACAGGUUGUAUGGUUCACGACAAAACCUCGCCCUGGUUCGGUCAAGAUCUUGGAGUCUUGUCAUCCUUGACUCUGUAUGUGAGUCCAGAAGAAGGGGGUCAGCACCCUGUGGUAGUGGUAGAGCCCUUCAACUCCUUCAGCCAAGACCCUUCCGACAAGGUUGUGGCGAACGUGACUGCCGAGGACCCCGCACUGUGGUACAAGGUAGUGCUGCAGCAGGAUUCAGAGAACGAGGCAGGUGUUGAUGGCACAGGCCGCGGGGAACACAGGGUGAGGAUAACGCUGUCGAAGAACAAGUCGUACAGCAUCACCAACGUCACCAACGCGUUGUGGACAUUAUGGUGUUUCCCGGACAAGGCAAAAGAGGCGAUCAAACCCAGCAUAAGAGGAUCACUGGGCGGGGAAGGAGACUACAAGGAGGACGACGACGAUGACGACCACGAUGAAGAUAAUGACAAAUUAGAGGGAGCAGGGGCGGGACAGGUACUGGCGUGGGUGCUAGUGGGCUUGGCACUGUUCAUAGUGAUGGUUUUGGCAAUGAUACUCUGCACCAGGAUGGGAUCACCAGCAGGGAAUCAUGGUGACUUCACGCCCUCUGUCGGUGUCGUCAGUCAGCGCUACGCCAACAGUCCAGAGAGCCACAGAGAGGCCGAGGAAGAUAGUGAGCCUGGGUCCCCUAUGUUGACGGUGCCUCCAGUCAACCACAGACUACCUCAGCAGGACCACUACUCCACCAAGGUGCUCUGAGGCCCCCUUCCUCCGACUCUCUCAAGAGGACCAUUACUACUCCACCAAGGUGCACCGAGUCCUCACUGACUCUCUCAAGAGGACCACUACACCAAGUU